CCCGCCGCCGCACGGCCAUAUCCGACUACCGCAAGAAAAUGCUCACCUGCAGGGAGCUCGAAUCGCGCGUCGGCACUGUGAGGGAAAACCUUAAAAUUGCUAGGAAGGACUUCGCAAAGACUGAAGAUGACUUGAAGUCACUGCAAAGUGUUGGACAAAUAAUAGGAGAGGUCCUUCGUCCUCUUGAUAAUGAACGCUUUAUUGUUAAGGCUAGCAGUGGUCCAAGAUAUGUCGUCGGUUGCCGGAGUAAAGUGGACAAGGAAAAGUUAACUUCUGGAACUCGUGUUGUGCUGGACAUGACAACUUUGACAAUCAUGCGCACUCUGCCAAGGGAGGUGGAUCCUGUGGUGUAUAACAUGCUACACGAAGAUCCAGGCAAUGUCAGUUACUCGGCUGUAGGUGGCUUGUCUGAUCAAAUCAGGGAACUCAGGGAAUCAAUCGAGCUGCCUUUAAUGAACCCUGAAUUGUUUCUCAGGGUUGGAAUUAAACCUCCCAAGGGUGUUCUACUCUAUGGCCCACCAGGAACUGGGAAGACAUUAUUAGCGAGGGCUAUUGCCAGUAAUAUUGAUGCUAACUUUUUGAAGAUUGUGUCAAGUGCUAUAAUUGACAAAUAUAUCGGAGAAAGUGCUCGUUUAAUCAGAGAAAUGUUCGGCUAUGCACGCGAUCACCAACCGUGCAUUAUCUUCAUGGAUGAAAUCGAUGCAAUUGGUGGGAGAAGAUUUAGUGAGGGAACCAGUGCCGACCGUGAGAUCCAGCGGACGCUGAUGGAGCUUCUUAAUCAGUUAGAUGGAUUUGAUGAGCUUGGCAAGGUCAAGAUGAUCAUGGCAACAAACCGGCCUGAUGUUCUUGACCCUGCGCUCCUGCGCCCUGGACGUCUCGACAGAAAGAUUGAGAUUCCACUACCAAACGAGCAGUCAAGAACAGAAGUACUUAAAAUUCAUGCCGCUGGUAUCGCCAAGCAUGGAGAAAUAGAUUAUGAAGCGGUAGUGAAACUGGCUGAAGGAUUCAACGGGGCUGAUCUUCGCAAUGUCUGCACCGAAGCUGGCAUGUCUGCAAUUCGCGCAGAGCGGGACUACGUAGUCCACGAGGACUUCAUGAAGGCCGUCAGGAAGCUGAAUGACGCCAAGAAGCUGGAAUCCAGCGCCCACUACAGCGCAGACUUUGGCAAAGACUAAGGCGUCGUGGUCACUGAUGCAAUAGCAGAUCUUGCAGCAAUGGAGAUGCCCCUUCUCUGUAAGCGUGCCGGAGUUCAGCUUCGCUGUAGGCAUCGAAGCAACUGGCUGGGAAGCUGAAGCUGUUGCUCCCUUCAUGCUGUGCAGUCAAAGUCAAAAGAGGACCAUUCAAGAAUUUUAAAUCAGAUGCUCUUUGCUCGUGCGUUCACACCUUUGUUAGUACUUGGUUUGGGCUGUACCAUUCCAUGUACUUUGGACAAUGUGCUUCGGAAAAAGGUUAUUCUUUUGUUAACCUUUGAGUUGUGGUUUACUUGCAUACGACAUGCGACCAUGAUUGUUGGGUUUACCAUCUGUGCUCUUUGUUGUUCA